AUGAUAAUCACAACUGAAAUUAACCUAUGUUGCAGAUAAUAUACAUUAAAAAACAUUGUAUAUGUUCAUAUAUUUGUUGUGAAAUCAAUAUGCGAAGUAAAAUUUUGAUUUAGAAAAUAAACAAAAUAAAAACCGUCUGACCAUGAAUUCGUAAUUAUUGGAUGUAAUAAGCCGAAGUCAAAUACUUGAUUUAAUAUCAAUGUAUAGUAAGCUGUAUCCAAGAAUCAUGGUAAACAUUUUUAAUUCAACAGACAGAAUAGUUGUUUCUCAAAACAACCGUCUGCCCAUGAAUUCGUAAUUAUUGGAUGUAAUAAGCCGAAGUCAAAUACUUGAUUAUAAUAUCAAUGUAUAGUAAGCUGUAUCCAAGAAUCAUGGUAAACAUUUUUAGUUCGACAGACAGAAUAGUUGUUUCUCAAAACAACCGUCUGCCCAUGAAUUCGUAAUUAUUGGAUGUAAUAAGCCGAAGUCAAACACUUGAUCUAAUAUCAAUGUGUAGUAAGCUGUAUCCAAGAAUCAUGGUAAACAUUUUUAGUUCAACAGACAGAAUAGUUGUUUCUCAAAACAACCGUCUGCCCAUGAAUUCGUAAUUAUUGGAUGUAAUAAGCCGAAGUCAGAUACUUGAUUUAAUAUCAAUGUAUAGUAAGCUGUAUCCAAGAAUCAUGGUUAAAAUAAAGUAAAAAUACUCUGCCUAACAUCAGGCAUCACGAUGUGUGAUUAUUAUCAACAAACUCAAUUUAAAGGCAAAUUAAUCCUCGUUUUUUGUAAGAAGCCUAAGCAUUUGUGUGCACUCAAAGUUUAUUAAAGUUUUGAUAAUCAAAUUUAAAUUGUCCUUAUUUAACACUGAAAAAUCUUUUAUUUACAAGGCUUUUUGUCUAAAAUGCAUGCUCAUUAACACAUACCAAGUCUUAAGUUACUGAAGGCCCUAAUAUAAUCAAGUUUGUAACCUGACUUUUGGGUUGAUUUACCUUCUUGUCUUUUUUCCUUCUAAGAAUGUAAAACAAAAGGUUUUUAACAUUAAGCUAAGUCAAUUUAAAAGUGGGUCACUUCUUGGUUUCCUCCCCUUUUUUUGUAAAAUUUUAUGUGUUAAUAAAAGCAUACAGUGUAUGACAUUCUAAAAAUUUAGUUACAUAUAUUGCGUAUGUAUAUAUACUUAAAAUUAUGCCAGGGGUUCAUAUAACUUAAUUUAUGGAAACGUUACUGAGAGAAAGCGUUUAAGCCAAAAAAGAAAUGUUUUUUUGCAUAAAAUGAAAUUUAACAUUGUGAUUGACUUUACUAAGUUUCAAGUUUUACUAAGUUAACACAAAAAUUAGAUUUGAACUUUUUGUGUUUAUUUUGCAAAAGUUUUUACAAAUUAAGUAUGAUCCAUCAUUGAGUAUGGUAACUAUUGAAACCAAUGUCAGUAAAUCCUGAAAUGUAAAAUCUGACACUUUAAUGUUCCUCAAAAUGAGUAUAUUAUGAAAAGAUUUUAUUAUAUGAUAAUUUUUAACUGGCCAUGAUGAUACUUAAGAUAUCACACAGUCUUGAUUUUAAACCACGAAGGAAAAAAAUUAAAAAUUAUGUGAGGACAUUAAAGAGAUAUAUCGGUGAGGAUAGGUCCGGUUGUAAGGGGAUGGAGGAGACCGGCAAUUAAUACCUUAUAAAAAGGAAUUGAAUUUGCACUAAAUAUGUGAAAGUUAAUGUAUUUUGUAAUUUGAAUGAUACUGUACAGUUUCAGUUCCUUUGUUGCUCUCUUUUGUCUUUUUCCUGUUUUCAGGUACUAUAAUAAACUUUCAAGGAAUUUGUAGAAGACGUUAGCAAGUUUUUUCAAAUUCUACUGGAAGAUAUAACAUGGCAGUUAUUUUAAAUGAAAAACAAUCAGAUAAGUACCUCUUAUUAAUUAAUUUUAUAUUUAAAUGUGUACUAUACAUAAAGGCGAGACCAUUUUCAUUGUGUAAUGUAAUUUUUAAGUUAUUUUAACAAUUUUGAAACCACACCCUUUUUAAAUUUCCUUCUGUAUAAAAUUUGACAUGAUUAUGUCAUUGUACCACCAGUAAAAUCUUUGCUAAUUUUUCACAUCAGUAUUUUUCAUGACUACUCUGUCACAGUUAGUUUGGACAGCCAAAUGAUCAUGUCAUUUGAUUUUUUGACUGCUUAAUUCAUAAUGCAGUUACUUUAGUACGAAAAUUAACAUUCUAGUUGUAAAUCAUUUAGGAAAUUUCUUUACAUUAACAAUGGCAAUUGAUCACAUAUGAGAAAAAAGUAGAGGAUGAGACAUACUAGAGGAUUUAUUUGCAAAUAUAGAGAAAAAAAUGGCGGCACAAAUUAACUUAGAACUUGUUUCACUUUAUGCUAAAUUCGUGGAGCACAGGAUACAACAUCCUGGCUCCAUGAAUUAUCGGUCGUUUGGCCGAUGGCUAAAGCAGGGUGGGGUCGAGUGGACCAAUGAAGAAGACCCCACCGAAACAGCUCCCAACAUGGAAUUGAUGCAAGUAUGGACAAAAUUUUUACAGUACAGACUUAGACAUAGCGGGUCAAUGGACCUAGAAGUGUUUGGACGUUGGGUGCAUAAUGGCGGGGUUGAGUUUUGUGGUGGGCGACGGGAUCGUGGUAGAAGUAGCAGUCGUGGUUGGAGACGCGGUCGUGGUGGGAGACGCGGUCGUGGUGGGCCGUAUAAGCCACAAUAUUAAAAUGUAUUUUUAUUACUAACCCUUUGUAAAACGAGGUGCACUUUUUUUUAAUAAAAUAUCCUAAAUUUAAAAUGGGCCUAAAUAUUGCCAAAAUUCAAACAAUUGCUAAACUAUUUUUCAGGCUGAAUUUAAAAUAAAUACUUUGAAAAAAACAACAUUUUUUCCAUUGAAAAAAAUAAAUACUUUGAAAAAAACAACAUUUUUUCCAUUGAAAUUAACUAGAUAAACAAAUAUUUUGUCUACCUUGUUUUACGAAGGGUUAGAUGUUAUUAAAUUUGUUAAUUAUCUUAACUCUA